AACUAUUUUCUAUGCAUAUUUACAGUAUUUGUAAAUAGGGGAACAUUGCAAGAAUUGCAUUUUGCCUUCUUCAAUGAAGCUGCUUGUGAGGGAGUGGGUCGCUGUUGUUGCGGUUCCUGACUGCCUCACCUUCCCCCAUCCGCGAGACCAGUGCACAACUGUGUACAUCAUUUUAGCGUAAUGGCAAAUGAAUCUUUUGGAAAUGAGGGAGGUACCGGUUCGAGAAACUCAAAUUUCACAUCAUCUGUGGAUCUCAGCACGUCCUUAGAUUCAAGUGUUCAGACUCGAAUAUUUAAAAUAAUUGUAAUCGGGGAUUCAAAUGUAGGGAAGACCUGCUUAACCUUCCGCUUCACCGGGGGAAGCUUUCCCGAGAAGACGGAGGCGACAAUCGGUGUGGAUUUCAGGGAGAAAGCAGUGGAAAUAGAGGGCGAAAAAAUAAAGGUUCAGGUGUGGGACACUGCAGGACAGGAGCGCUUCAGAAAGAGCAUGGUAGAACACUACUACCGCAAUGUGCACGCUGUCGUUUUCGUUUACGACGUCACCAAGAUGGCCUCAUUCCAGAACCUGAAGACGUGGAUCCAGGAGUGCAACGGGCACCGUGUCUCACCCACUGUGCCUCGGGUACUGGUGGGUAACAAGUGUGACCUGGUUAGUCAUAUCCAAGUACCCUCCAACACUGCCCUCAAGUUUGCAGAUGCCCACAACAUGCUGCUGUUUGAGACCUCAGCGAAGGACCCCAAGGAGAGCCAAAAUGUGGACUCCAUUUUCAUGUGCCUGGCAUGUCGGCUGAAAGCCCAGAAGUCCCUGCUGUACAGGGAUGUUGAGAGGGAGGAUGGAAGGGUUAGGCUUUCACAAGAGACAGAUGUUAAGAGUAACUGCCCUUGUUGAGGCUCCUCCACUCUGCAAUGAUUCAUUAUCCCUUUUUAAUACUGCUGUGACUUGAAUUGAACAAUUUAACAUAAACAACAAAAGGCGAAGAUACUGUUCUAAUGUUAACAUUUCUUGAAAGAAUGUGCCUGAAGUUAUUUCAGUCUGUCUGUCUGUCUGUCUGUCUGUCUGUCUGUCUGUCUGUCUGUCUGUCUGUCUGUCUGUCUGUCUGUCUGUCUGUCUGUCUGUCUGUCUGUCUGUCUGUCUGUCUGUCUGUCUGUCUGUCUGUCUGUCUGUCUGUCUGUCUGUCUGUCUGUCUGUCUGUCUGUCUGUCUGUCUCUGUCUGUCUGUCUGUCUGUCUGUCUGUCUGUCUGUCUGUCUGUCUGUCUGUCUGUCUGUCUGUCUGUCCCUCUCUUGUUUUACUCUCUUUCUUUGAUAUGUUAUCAUUAUCACAUUCUGUAAUAAUGGCCUUAAGUCAAGAGAGGUCAUCCUGUGGUGUUUGUAAAGUAUGUUAAUUUAUUUUGUAUUUGAGUUGUACAUGUCUGUACAUGACUGCUGUCGGUAUUAUCAUGUAUGUACAUGUCUGCUGUCAGUAUUAUUGUUUCAUGCAAUAUACUUGUGUGUAACAUGAUUGUCACAAUCUCACAAAGGGACUUACAUAAAGACUAUUUGGGCUUCACACUGACGUACUGUAUAUGUGCUGCAAUCAUUUUACAUUUGUUGAGUAUAUUGUUUGUUUUUUAACUAUAUUUUAAGACAUAUCCACUAAUAAUCCUUCACAUUGAAUUGUCAUAACCAUAAUGCAGAGGAUGGGGAGGCAACGAUGCUAGUUAGCCCAAUACCCUUCCCCUGCCCCACCAGGGGUUUCUCUGGCUUCAGGUCUGCUAUUUCUGCUUUCUGUUUUCUCUCCAUUGAUCAUCAUCAUAUUUCUGAUCGUCAUCAAAACAUCCAAUUUGUGACCAUUUCCUGUCUUUGACUCAAAAUUAAAUAUUCAACAAAUA